UGUGACAUAGUUAUGAGACACCUCUUGUAGGUGAGAGGCCUAGGCCAGGUGGUAGUAGACUGGCAUACAAGCCUAGAGUAGCAGAAGUGCCAACGUAUAGGUCUAGUAAAUCGGAGGUGUAAGAUCAUGGCCCACCACAAUGGAACAGGAACAUCUGAUCAGGAAAUGCAGUCAGUCUAUCCGUCCAUGUAUGAAGGAGAACCGGAAAAACUUGGGAACUUCGAACUAAGUAGUGACUUCAUCUUGGAGACAGGAAUGUCACAGGAAAAAAUGGAAACAGACUCUGAGCUGCCAAAUCCCACCAACACAAAUAACACCAUUCUGAAACGAUCCACCAGUGCCCCAAUGAUGAAUGGGAUUGGUGAUAGUUCACAAGCUUUCCAAGCUGAUACUGUGAGGAUUAGAAGAAACAGUUCAACAUUUAUAAAUCGACCAAAUCUGUUGUUCACACCAUCUUCCAUUCGUACUUCCAUCAACCGCAUCGAUCAGAUAAAACAGGAGGAGGGCGUGAAUUUGGCAGCGAGGGAAGCAAUGACUGAAUGGGAAGUUCAAACAGCAAUACAGAUCAGUCAAUCGUGGGAACGAUGUUUGACCUUGAAUGACAACGAUGUAGAAAAACCAUCUUCCCUAACAUGCACUGAUCUUAUUUCGGUACUCCCAGAAGUUUCUCCCAGAAGUGGAAUUGGGAAGGUUGGCUGUACCAGUUCGCCUACAGGUACUACUCCAAGCCUUACACGCCGAUUUGUGAUAAGCAGUCACAACCCCACAAAUAUUAUCAGACCAAGUAUCCUUGGACCAAUAAAAAGAAAAGGUGAAGUGGCACGUGAAGAUCCACCAAAGAAGGUUUUCAUAGCUACUGACGACAACGAACUUUCUUCUGAUGUUACCAAGCUGACAGAAGACAAUGUUUCAGAGAAGAUCUGAUUCAGUUGGAUACAGAAUCUUUCAGGUUGGCUCAAGGUGUAACCGAUGGACAACUCCACCUGAAACAUCACUUCUGUCAGUUUAAAUAAAAGAAGGGCAUUGCAUUCUCUGAUCUUCCCUCCAGUGAACAUACGAAAAA